UCUAUACAGAAUCAUCUGACGGAAUUCCAUAUCAUCUCUCAGUAUUCUAGCUGUAUAUAAUGUCCCCUUACACUGUUAUUAUCGAAAUUUUCCAAGCCGGUGCAUUGUUCCAUAGAUAUUACACUUAUCAAUCAGAGAAUGAUGAAAUGCAUUUUAAAUACUUCAAUCGACUUCUAACAGGAAAAGGGAAUUCGCCAUGUAUAUUUCUUCUCUGUCACCCAAUCCCUAUGCUUCCGCUAAUCCUGCAUCAGCCGAAAUGGCGACCGCAUUGAAACAGGGCAUGGUCGUCAGGAGUGACGAUGUCUACGACUACGUUAAUCCAUUUGGAGACCGCCGCGGGAACGCCUUUUACAGUGUCUGGACUUUUGAACUUGAUCACGAUGUACUUGUCCUGACGACAAAAGAAGGACGUAGCUCAGCGCCUCUCCAGCUUUGUCGUGAUGGAUUGCUUAGUCCAGCAGCCUUCAACGUGUUACAACCUCAUACGCCUACGCCGUGCCCAACGACAAAUACACCAGGGCCACGUUGGAAGCCGGAGAUAAGCCCAUGCCCACGCAAGGGAGCCUUUCUGGGCCGAUUACUGCGUGACUUUGGCUACGCGUGGCGCCAUGUUUUGCGAUGGCCAAUGAAUAGUGUCACCGUGAGGCGACUCGCAUAUGCAACUAUUUGGAUCGCGACGAUAAAUUUUCACUUAACAGACCGGAUCGGAUUUGAGCACGUUAAUAUAUGUGGACCCCAUAUCAAGGUGACAGAUUUGCCCAAAUGGGAGGUUCCUAUCUCGCCUGUGGUUCAAAUCGGGCCAUUGUCUUGGGCUGCCUUUGGGCAAAAUGUCUCGGAAGGCAUGGAAGUGGUACAAAAUCAUCUCAACAGCACCGUCAUAGACCGAGGCCAGGAGCCUAUAGUGUAUACCAUUUUGACUCUGGGGCAAGUUUUCCUUUGCAGAGCCCAAGGCCAACAGGUACAGUGGACAAGAGCCGAGACGCUCUUCCACGACUCUAUUACUACAUCUGAUGCUGCUAUCAAUAUGAUUCUCUGGGCAAUAGAUUCGACUACUCGAGAUCCACUACCGACAAGACUUCAUAAUCUACCCAUCGAGAUCCAGGAUACAAUUCUUUACUAUGCAACCGUCAGUCCCGUUGCAUCUGCCAAACUAGGGUGCGAACUCGAUCUGGGGUCUCCAUUCCUGUGGCUUGAUCAAGGGGGGGAAAUAGUCAUACAAUCAAAUAAGAGACAUCGGUACGAAAGCUCUCCAGUGGAAUCUCAAAUCUUCUUUGAUGGUGUAAUGAGUGGUCUAUCUUACAAACGGGGUGGGGUCAUGUAAUAGUAUGUAUAUAUUUCCUUGAUGAUGUCGUGAACCAGACGGGCUAUUUUCGACUUUGCAACCGAUAGUACUAAGAUUGAAGACGUCUAAACGAAUAAACGAAUUUCAAGUGUUAUAUAAAAUAAAUCAAUUUCUCUGCGAGAACAAAAAGAAAUUGGUGUGUCUUUAGAUAUUUGGCCCGUUCAACAAUUUCGGCCGCAUUGUUUCUUAUGUGUAGCCGCUCACUCAGCGGCACCAAGUUUGGCGCUUUCCAGUCGCAAAACUGGAUUUCCAUCCAAUCUGUACCAUUGCGUUUACCAGAUCGCUCUCGUUAUUGGUGUUUUCGCAGUAACUACUGCAUUUCUCCAGCGCUGCGGCCCAAGACAUACCAUGUCGCUGAACCUCCGCCAUCAUGAUGAAAUGGAAUGAGAAUAGAAGCUGAUAUUCUAUUGUUCGCGGUCACGGAUGGUUCGAAUACCGCGCCUUUGUAUUUCGCUGGUAAAAUGAAGCUCACAAUGACGCGUUAGCACGGGUUUGAUAGUAAAGGAUCCUUGAGAGUGGGUAGCUAUGGCCUCUGUAUAACAAGGUACACAAAGUUUCUUUACAAAUCAAAUGUGCCAUAUAAAUAUUAAUAAAAGAAGUUUGUUUGUAUAUAAAGCAUAAAAUAAAUAAAGUUUAUG